AUGUCUAAUCGAUUGGAGUCCUUGAAUUCGAAAAAGACUCCAGCGACUCCUUCGCCAAAGGUUUCUUUGAAGUUCAAACCUAAAGUAGUUCCAAGAAAAAGUAAAGAAGAAAGAGCCAAAGAUGCUCCCAUACAAGUGAAAGAAGAGAAUUCAGGCAGAGGCACAUCAUCCAGAGGUCGUGGUUCUACAAGAGGCCGAGGUAGAGGUGGGCGUAAUAACUAUGCUGGUACACAUGUUGUUUCUUCUGGACCUUUGGCUUCUGGUUCAGUUUCUUUGGGAAAUGCAAGCGGCUCUAAAUUAGGGUUAACUAGAGACAAAGUUUACAAUUCAAUUUCAUCUACUCCAGAAUUCAUACAAAAGUUGAAACUUCAAGAUAAGACUAAAUCCCUUAGUCCGGAUGCAGAGGAAGAUUCGGAUGAAGAUCGUGAUAUAACCAAGAUAGAUAUGACUAAGAAAUAUAGAUUUGGAGAAGAAGAAAGUCAAUUCUUACCAGUAAGACCAGAAAGAGAUGAUCCAGAUUACGAAUCAAAAGAAAUACAACCACAAGAGUCACGAGAAAGUACAGCAUCUAUAGAAGAGGUUUCUGCCGUGAAGAAAGAACCUACUGAGGAUACCGAUAAUAUGGUGGAACAAAAUUCGACUCCUAUGGAACCAGCUUUGUCAUCCAUUAACAUAGUAGAAGAAACAGAGUCUGAUAAAUUAAUAAAAGAUCAUAAGGAUAUAUUGGGCUUACUUGCAUAUAAAUUCGCAAACUUACGUACAGAUUCCGAAACACCUGAAAUCAGUGAUGUUCCAGAUGAUAAAUUUGUGUUAUUUCAAUUACCAAAGAUCUUACCAAAGUAUCAACUCAAAACAACAGUCAAAUCAGAAAAUCAAUCCAAUGGUCACUCUACCCCAUCUGAAACCAUACAGGGUGAAAUAGGAAAGUUGAAUAUUCAUAAAUCAGGUAAAAUAUCUAUAAAUAUUGGUAAUGAUAUUAAUCUAUCUGUUGCCAAUGGAGCUCCUACCAGCUUCCUUCAAGAACUUGUUGUUUUAAACUUGGUAGAUGACAGUAUUGACGACGAUGUCGAAAUGUCCAACGAAGAUGGAAUAAAGGUCAAGGGUAGUUUAGUCAGAUUGGGUGAAGUUGAUGGUAAAAUCAUUGCCACUCCUUCCUUGGAUUAA